AUGGAGGGGCCGCUGCCCGCCCAGAGGCCCGAAAUCCCCGCGCGGAGGAGCGUGGGAACGCGGCGCAGUGCGCCGAUCUCUGGCGGGCGGGGGCGCAGGGAUGGGUGGGACGUCCUCUGGUCUCUGCUGCCCUCUGUUGGCCGCCUUGGGCUACAGGCGGUGGGUGCGGCGCGGCGCUGCGCUUCCCCUCCCGCUCUCGUCCCCGCCCCCACAGAGGAGUACCAGGGCACCGGCGUCCUCGAGGUGGACUUCGCUGAGCUCUGCACGCGGUGGGGCUACACGGACUUCCCUAAAGUGGUCACCCGGCCCCGCCCGCACCCGACCUUCGUCCCCUCCGCCUCUACGUCGGAAAAGCCCACCGUAGACGAACAGCGGCUGUCCGGGUCCUGCAGCCUCAACAGCCUGGAGAGCAAAUACAUGUUCUUCCGGCCCACCAUCCAGGUGGAGCUGGAGCCCGAGGACAAGUUCGUGAAGGAAAUCUACAUCCGCGGUUGGAAGGUUGAGGAGCGGAUCCUGGGUAUCUUCUCUAAGUGUCUGACCUCCCUCAGCCAGCUUCAGGCCAUCAACUUGUGGAAGGUGGGGCUGACUGAUAAGACCCUGACCACCUUUAUCGCCCUCCUGCCUCUCUGCUCAUCCACGCUCAGGAAGGUGUCUCUGGAGGGGAACCCGCUGCCGGAGCAGUCCUAUCACAAGCUCAUGGCAGUGGACAGCACGAUCGCGCACUUGUCUCUGCGGAACAACAACAUCGACGACCACGGGGCGCAGCUCCUGGGCCAGGCUCUGUCCACGCUGCACAGCCGCAACCGGACCCUGGUCUCCCUCAACCUGGGCUUCAACCACAUCGGUGACGAGGGCGCGGGCUACAUAGCGGACGGCCUCCGGCUCAACCGCUCCCUGCUCUGGCUGUCCCUGGCCCACAACCGCAUCCAGGACAAGGGCGCCCUGAAGCUGGCCGAGGUCCUGCGCCCCUUCGAGCUGACGCACACCGAGGUGGUGGAGCGCCGGCGCCUCCUGCUGGAGAAAGGUUCGCAGGAGCGCUCGCGAUCGCCUUCCACCUCUCGACAUGGGGACUCCAAAACAGAGCGUGAGAAGAAUCAGCUGAUGGGGGUCAGCAGUUUUGCAAUGGUGGAGAAAGACAAGACGCAGACAAUGAAGACCCCUAAGGGUCUGGGCAAGAAAAAGGAGAAGUCCGGGGAAGUGGUGAAGAAAGAGGAGAAGUCAGGGUCUGGGCAGUCACCCACCCAAGGAACCCCUAAGAAAGAAGACUCCACAAAGGCAGGCAAGGGGAAGGUAACCAUCCCUGAGCAGAAACUAAGCAAGGGAAAAGGGACCAAGACUGGGAGCAAAGAGAAGCGCAGCAUCCUCCUGGAGUCGGAGCACCUGGGACAAAGCCAGCCCUCAAAGCAUCUGGUUGGGGAAGCUACCGAGAUGGUCAACCCUCUCCUGGAGCCCGUGGAGCACCGAGAUGGGAAAGUUUUCAUGCCCGGGAACAAGGUCCUUUUGCAUCUCAACCUUCUCCGAAACCGCAUCACAGAGGUGGGGCUAGAGGCCUUCCUCACCGCAGUGCAGUACCAGGCGCAGUUCUCCAAGUCCAGGAGCGCGUCCAAGGGCCCCGUGGGGCUGCUGUGGCUGUCCCUGGCGAAAAACUGCUUCUCCCCACAAUGUCCUGCGUACACCACGAUCCAAGAGCUGAUGCUGCCAAGGGACCCUGUCAGUAAAGCCAAGCACAAAGAGGAGGCGGCUGUGGCUUCCUCCACCUAG